CCAUCGGGUUGCACGGAACACAGUAGCGCAGGCGCAUUCUUGAAGUCCGAAGCCUCCGCACGGCGUCCCGCCCAGUCUUGCCUUACUGCCAGUUCUGUGAUCACGUCGCGUGUUGAAGUCAACCGCCGGAGCUCGAGCCGCCUCUUCUGCUUAACCAAAUGGCUCGUGCUUUCCCCCGCCCUCUCGCCCCUGUCCGUCAGGGUGUGCCUGUUCUAUGGUGAGCCGAGGGGACUUCAGUCUCCAGAGCAAAGUCCGCGGCUGGCUUCAAGCAAGCGCCCCAGCCCGCCCCCUCGCCUUUCUGUUCAGCCUCUCCUCGGCUCGGUUCCAGGAGGCACGGCUGAAGGCAGCCCCCGGCCCCGCAGUAGCUGCGACGCGGCUUUUCCAUCCGCCUCCUGAUCUCGGGGCGACCUUCCCCCGCAUUACAGAACUAGAGCUCUCUCCCUCUGUGGCUGGCAGAGGACUAUCCUUUUCCCCCCUGCUGACAGCCCAGAGUCGUAGUUCCUGGCAACAUGGAGGAUACAUUGGGAGAGGGAUGCUCACUGGAGUGGUGGCUGGUGCAGUGUUCACUUCACCUGCAGUAGGAAGCAUUCUGGCAGCGAUCCGAACUGUGAGACAAGCUGGAGCAGUUGGAACACUACUAAUAGUGAAGAACUACACUGGGGAUCGUCUGAAUUUUGGACUGGCACUGGAACAAGCACAGGCAGAAGGGGCUGUUGUGCAGAUGGUGGUGAUUGGUGAUGACUCUGCCUUUACGACAAAAAAGAAGGCGGGCAGGAGAGGGUUGUGUGGCACAGUGCUUAUACAUAAGGUGGCUGGGGCUCUGGCUGAGGAAGGUGUUGGUCUGAAUGAAAUUGUUCGUAAAGUUACUGCUAUUGCAGCAUCAAUGGGCACUCUGGGAGUGAGUGUGUCCCCAUGCAGUGUUCCUGGAUCCAGACCUACUUUCCAACUUGCUGCAGAUGAACUUGAGCUAGGCUUGGGAAUCCAUGGUGAAGCAGGUGUGCGCAGAAUGAAAAUGAUGCCAGCAGAUAAAAUAGUCAGAGUAAUGCUAGAUCACAUGACCAAUCCCUCCAGUGCCUCACAUGUGCCACUCAAGCCUGGUGCUUCUGUAGUCUUGAUGGUGAAUAACUUAGGAGGCCUGUCUUGCUUAGAAUUGAGCAUAGUGGCUGGGUCAGCUGUGCAUUGUCUUGAGAACAGGGGAAUUCACAUUGCCCGGGCUUUCGUUGGCUCCUUCAUGACUGCACUGGAGAUGGCUGGUGUCUCGCUUACUCUUCUGCUUGUGGAUGAUGAGCUCUUGAACCUUAUUGAUUCAAAAACUACUGCUGUGGCCUGGUCACAAUGUACUAGAGCAUCAGUAUCGCACAAGAGAAGAGAGAGGAUAGCACCUGAGAAAUACCCUGAGGAAGAAAAGUUUGUACCAAGAGGAGUGCCAGCCUCCCCACAGAUGAGACUAGUUCUGGAUACAGUAUGCAGUACUCUGCUGAACUUACAGGACAAACUCAACGAACUGGAUCGUUCUGCAGGUGACGGAGAUUGUGGCAGCACCCAUGCCCGCGCUGCCAGAGCAAUCCAGGAGUGGCUGAGUAUAACACCUCUACCAGAGCAUCCAUCUCAACUGCUCUCUACCUUGGCAAAGUUGCUGCUGGAGAAGAUGGGAGGCUCCUCAGGGGCGCUCUAUGGGCUGUUUUUGACAGCUGCUGCUCAGCCCCUACGAAUGGACAGUGACCUAUCAACUUGGUCUGUGGCCAUGGAUGCUGGUAUCGAAGCCAUGAUGCGAUAUGGUGGAGCUGCCCCCGGAGACAGAACCAUGCUGGAUUCACUCUGUGCUGCUGCUGAAGAGCUCAGAGCUCUGAAGAGCCCUAAGGCUGAUCUGAUGCAGGUUCUGGCCAAAGCUGUACAGCAGGCCGAGUAUGCUGCUGAAUCUACCAGGAAUAUGGAAGCAGCUGCUGGGAGGGCCAGUUACAUCGGCUCAGCCCACUUAGAUGAGCCAGACCCUGGUGCUGUAGCAGUUGCGGCUAUUCUUAAGGCAGUCCUGGAAGGACUGCAAGCUCAACCAAUAUGACAUAUUUCAGACUGUGGUUCACCAGUUAACGAAAUAUUGCAUGACCGUCCUUCCUUUCCUGUGCUUGAAUCAAAGGAUCUUCAUAGUGACAGUGUUGCUCCUGCUGUGCUGAAUCUGUAACCAUAGUUGCCUGAGACUAGAGCAUUCUUAAAUUGAUUUUUUUUUAAUUUCUGCAACCUCAUACAAAUGGAUGGAACUCUUCUUUAGCUUGGGACCAAUACUUGUGCUUUUCUAAUUCAGGCUAUAAAUAAAAUAUCUUAUCUUCUGGAA